AUGUUAUAUACGGCCGUGGAGGCCAAAACACUUUUGAAUAAAACUGGCAAGAAAAGUUUAUCAAGCUUGGUUCGUGAACUGAAUGAGACCGAAGCUGAAGUAAAGCGACAAGCAGAGCUAAUAUGGGAGCUUAAAAAUCAGGUCCGCAAUGGAACAUCGUCGGAGGAGAACUGGAGAGGAGCUCAAGGAUGGAGCAAUUAUGAUGGCGGCGAUUCCCAUAAGUCUUUAAAUCCUACGGAUCAAAUAGGGGCAUUUCGUGAGAGUGCCGGUGGUGAAGGACCGUCAACCGAGUUGGCGCGCAUGGUCAUUCAGUGUACUAAACGUAUGCAGACACAGUUACUACCACUUGGGAAGUUCUGCGGGAAGAAUGGGGAAAGCGGGCUGAGAUUCCAAGACUUUACGGAAGAAUUUUAG